UGGCGUCGUUGUAUGUUUAACAUCUGUUUUGGCCGUCACCGCUCCUUUCAUUUACUGGAAUGCGCAAGGAUGGACAUACUACGGGAUAGUGUGAUGGCCUGAUGUUCAUUCAGCUUCCUACUUGUGGUCACAAUUGCAAUUCUGGAAUUUAGCCUCUGUCGCAUUCCAUCUAAAUUACAAAAUGGAGCCCUUCUUCAAAGACGAAAUUCUGUCUAAUGAUGUCCAGGAACUAUGAACCUGGUCACUCAGUAGGGAUGCUGGCCGCGGUGGAGCACGGUCCCACCCUCUGCAGCGACUCAAACAUCCUGUGCCUCUCCUGGAAGGGCCGCGUGCCCAAGAGCGAGAAGGAGAAGCCCGUCUGCAGGAGGCGAUACUAUGAGGAGGGCUGGCUGGCCACGGGGAACGGGAGGGGCGUGGUGGGGGUGACCUUCACCUCCAGCCACUGCCGCCGGGACAGGAGCACCCCACAGAGGAUCAACUUCAACCUGCGUGGGCACAACAGCGAGGUUGUCCUAGUGCGUUGGAAUGAACCAUUUCAGAAGUUGGCAACGUGUGACAUGGAGGGCGGGAUAUUCGUGUGGAUUCAGUACGAGGGCAGAUGGUCUGUGGAGCUGGUCAAUGAUCGUGGUGCCCAAGUGAGUGACUUCACCUGGUCACAUGAUGGCACCCAGGCCCUGAUUGCCUACCGCGAUGGGUUUGUUCUGGUUGGGUCUGUCAGCGGCCAGAGGCACUGGUCAUCUGAAAUUAACCUGGAGAGUCAGAUCACCUGUGGAAUAUGGACCCCUGAUGACCAGCAGGUAUUGUUUGGAACCGCAGACGGUCAGGUUAUUGUGAUGGACUGCCACGGGAGGAUGCUGGCCCACGUGCUCCUGCAUGAGUCGGACGGCAUCAUAGGCAUGUCAUGGAACUGCCCCGACUUCCUGGUGGAGGACAGCACAGAGAGUGAGACAGACGCGGAUGACAAUGCCCCACCUCAAGUGCGCAACCUAAAACCUCUCCUGACAGUAAGCUUCAUAUCUGGAGACAUCAGUUUAAUGAACAACUACGAUGACCUCGCACCUCAUGUCAUCCGCUCAGGACUGAAAGAUGUGGUGGUCCAGUGGUGCUCACAGGGCGACCUGCUGGCUGCAGCGGGGAUGGAGAGACAGAGCCUUCCCUCGGCCUCAGCCUGCGCACCUGUCGCCCGCAACGCCCUGGUGAAGUUCUACAACGUGCAGGGAGAACACAUCUACACCCUGGAGACUCCGGCACAGCGGCCUAUCAGCACCAUCUGCUGGGGCCACCGUGACUCACGCCUUUUCCUGGCCUGUGGGCCGGCGCUGUUGGUGGUGCGCGUGGAGCACCGAGUGGCCAGCCUGCAGCUCCUGUGCCAGCAGGGCAUCGCCAGUGCUCUGCGGGAGGAGAAGGACGUGGGUAAACUGAACAUGCCCUCGCUGCUCAGCUCCUAUGUCACCUCUGCCUUUAUUCCCACCAUCAAGCCACCGAUUCCAGAUCCGAACAACAUCCGCGACUUCGUCAGCUACCCCACAGCCGGGAAUGAGAGGCUUCACUGCACCAUGAAGCGUGCGGAGGACGCGCCCGAAGCAGGGGGGCCCUGCUUCACCCUUUACCUCGAGCACCUGGGGGGACUGGUGCCCAUCCUGAAAGGCCGCCGCAUCAGCAAACUCCGUCCGGAGUUUGUCAUCAUGGACCCCAAAGUGGACAACAAAGCAGAUGAGGUGUGUGUGAAUAGCAUGAUGUCCUCGUACAUGACGGACAGCUGUAACUGCUCUGACUCCAGUGACAUAGAGCUCAGUGAUGAAUGGGGUGGAAGGAAGUCUCCCAAACGGUCCAGAGGAAACAGGUCCCCGAAGCUCCCAAGAAUCAAUAUGGAAUCUAGGAAAUCCCCAAAGCUUGCCCAGGAGAUGUCAAGGUCCCCCAGACUACCAAAGAAACCACCUAUUCGAUCUCCCAGUCUCACACGUAGAGAAUUCACCAUGGACAGCAUCAGUGAGCAUAAUUAUCUGGCUCAAGUCACAUCCAAUAUUUGGGGAACAAAAUUUAAAAUAGUGGGACUUGCAGCGUUUUUGCCAGCCAAUUUGGGUGCCGUUAUCUACAAGACCAGUUUGCUCCACUUACAACCGAGGCAGAUGACCAUCUAUCUCCCGGAGGUGCGUAAAAUCUCCCUGGACUUCAUGAGCCUUCCCGUCUUCAACCCAAAUGUCUUCAGUGAGGAUGAGGAUGAUUUGCCGGUCAUGGGACCCUCUGAGGUGACCGGAGACAACCCUCCCUGCACCGUCAACAUUCCCAUCGCCCCGAUUCACAGCCCCGCCCAAGCCAUGUCUCCAACACAGAGCAUCGGCCUCGUCCAAUCGCUUCUGGCCAAUCAGAACAUUCAGCUGGAUGUUCUGACCAAUCCCACAGCCACAGCCUCAGCUGCUGCGGCGGCGGCGGCAGCUGCCAGUGUUCCAACCCCUGACCCCAAUCAGGAGGCAGCAAUGGCCCAGCACACUCUGCCUGCAAGGUACUCCAACCCUGGCCAGCAGCAGCAUCAACAGUUGCAGCGGCAGCACCAGCAAAUGCAGCAACAGCUGAAACUGCAGAUCACCCUGCCUCCACCACCUUCUGGCUACCCUACCAUCUCCCUCCACCAGCUACAAAUGAUGCCUCCCUUGCCCCAGCUCUCCGACCAGGUACCUGAGAGAGUGGACCAGCCACCAACACUUACCCUGAGGACGAGCUCCUCACGACCGCAGUCAUUCAUCGAAAGUGACGUGUCUCUGGAGAUGCAGAUGAGGAAGGUAAAUCCUCCGCCGCCCUACCCAGGCACUGUGGUGUCAGCAGCCCCACCGCCUCCAUCUACUGCUCCCCCAAGCCUCAUGGCAAGUAGUGAUGGUGCGACUGCAUUGAGUACGGAGCCCUGCCUGAGCAAGGAUGAGUUCUCUCUGCAGCCGGUGGGGCUGCCGUACCCUACUCCUCUCGGCUAUGAGAGGAUCACGACCUUCGACAGCAGUGGGAAUGUGGAGGAGGUUUGUCGGCCCCGCAGGCGACUGAUACGGAACCAGAAUUCCUAUAACAUGUCUGGCAUGGGUUCGGCCACGCUCAGGGUCACGUCGUCCGAAGGGAAGAAGGUCCAGCUGCCCUACAGCUCUGCAACUCUCAGCCGUCUCUCUGUGCCCCGUUAUACUAUACCCAGUGGAGACCCUCCUCCGUACCCUGACCCAGCCAAUCAGAUCAACACCAUACGGAGUCCCACUCAGAGGAUUGACAGUAGCCUCAUUCACGCCACGUUGCGACGUGACCGCAGAGACGUUGCUCUGAAGGUUUCCCAAAUGGUGGAUACAGCUCGAACCCUGCCCACUAAGACCAAGAUGAACAACAACAACAGUCUGACGCUUUCUUAUCAGCCAAGGGCUGCUCCCUCUGCUCUGUACACGUGCACACAAUGCAGCAGCACCAGCCCUACUGCCAGUGUGAGUGUGAGCAGUGGAGGCACAAACAGCAGUGGGAUUGCUGGGGGAACUGUUGUGCGCCAAGACUUUCCCACGGGGAAAGGUGCGGCACACAGCACCAUCAUUGUGCACUCAAAAAGCGCUUCAUCGUUGGGCUCUCAGUCCUCCUACAAUCUUCUAAGCCCCGUUGACAACAGUAGGGACAGGACCGUGUAUGUCAACUCUGCCUUCACCGAAGAUGAGACGUUCAACCAGCAGUGCCAUCUGGAGAAGUCUGUGAGGCAUCUAACACUGGGGGAUGUGAGCCUGACAUUAAAACGGCCUCCACCGUAUCAGUGGGACCCCACCUGCACUGAUCCGAUUUGGUUACCCCAAGAGCAGAGCAUCCUGGCUGGUGCUGCAGGCCCUCAUAAUAAGCCUCCUCUGCUCCUGAGUCCAACACAACAGUUGGAUGUGACCCGCUUGCCUUUUGUGCUGUCCACCAAACUGCCCCCUAACCCUAACCCUAACCCUAACCCUAACACGAUGACUUUCCCUGGCUAUCAGAUCUCUCUUUCCCCCUUCCCCCCUGGUGUGGGGCCCCACGUUGGACCACAGCUUCAGUCUUUACAAAAUCCUCCACCCCCCUGUUCACCCAAUGACAUUGUGACCUCUGUGCAAGAUCCCUCCCUGGUUCUCCCUCCGGGCUACCCACCUAAUCUUGCUAAUCUAGCCUGCUGCCCACUUCCACCUAUGUAUCCAGGUGCUAGCUCUUGCAGCAGCCUGCAGAUGCAUCCAAUGGCCUUGCACCCCUGGAACACCUACAAUCCCUGUCCUCCAAUGCAAGACCCCACUGGUACCUUACCUGGCAAGUCCCAGCAAGUUUUGGAGAAGCCCAUCCUUUCUCCACCUCCAGCUCCUCCUCCACCCCCUCUGCCUCCUCCCCCACCUCUCCCACCUCCUCCUCCUCCUCCACCUGCUGAACUCAACCACCAGAGCACAUCAAAGGCUCUAGCAGAGGCAGGUGACAGCUUUCAGGAGCGGGAGGCUUCCCUUAGCGAGAGCCCUGUUCCCCAGGGCACAGACAGGUUCAAAAAGAACCGUAAGAGGCUAGACAGCCGAGCCGAGGAGGCCAACAUGCCCACGGUAUCAGAGGGCAAGUCCAAAAAAGAAGGCCGUGCACUCUCAGAUUUUAACUCUCUUAUCUCCAGCCCACGUCUUGGAGGGCGGGAGAAGAAGAAGCCUAAAGGUCAGAGAGAGUCGCUGAAUAAGGGCAAGAAACUGAGCAGGACUACCAACGAGUUCCAGGACAGCUCAGAGAGCGAACCUGAGCUCUUCAUCAGCGGAGAUGAGCUCAUGAAUCAGAGCCAGAGCAGCAAAAAGGGCUGGAAGACCAAGCGAAACAUGCGCAUGGCCAGCGAACUGGAGGAGAUCAAGUGCCGCAAGGCAAACGAGAGAGAGGACCGCAGUCUCGGCAGCCAGGGCUUUGUCUAUGUCAUGGCUAACAAGCAGCCAUUGUGGAAUGAGGCCACACAAGUGUACCAGCUGGACUUUGGUGGUCGUGUGACUCAAGAGUCAGCCAAAAACUUUCAGAUAGAACUGGAUGGCAGACAGGUAAUGCAGUUUGGCAGAAUUGAUGGCAACGCCUACAUCUUGGACUUUCAGUAUCCUUUCUCAGCCGUCCAGGCGUUUGCUGUCGCCUUGGCCAACGUCACUCAGAGGCUCAAAUAAGGAGCCUUUCUCAAGGAGAAGGUCUGGCAUCGGAUGUACACAAAGAGAUUUGUUGUUCAUUGUGCAUUAUGGCAGAUAAUGUGUAAUGCCUAUGAAUGCUGCAAGAGCUGCUGUUCAUGUUGUGCAUAAACCUAAAUAAAGAUGGAAAGUCUGGUGAACGCAAACUUAUAGUCUCCUAAAAAAUGAAGCCUAAUAAAAGAAUAACAACGAUGCAUAUAUUCCAUAAAUAUAGAAGUGUCACAUGAACACGCACAGUUAACUAUUAUUUCAUUCAUGCAACAUAAGACAGUAAGAGGAUUCCUCAACACAGCCCAUAGGUGUCAAAAACAAUAUUAUGGCUUUAUCAGGAAGAUAGAUAUUUAAUGUCCAUUAUGUUGAGAUGUUUUGAUUUUUUGAAAGUUUUCUCUGGCUUUGUGCUAACUUGGGUAAAUAUGCGGUAUGUGCAUGUAAUGGCUACAUGUGUUUGAAUGUCCUGUCCUGAUGGCUACAAGCAAAAAAGGAGUCUUCAGGUUAAAAAACAGACUAUGAUUGUGUACAAGUAUUUGCUUUUGGCUCCAUUAGUAAUCCACUCACUCCAUGUAGACCAUGGAAAAUUUGGUUCUGCACUGGAGAAAUUAAAUAUAUAUCAUAUUAAAUAUCACUUCUGUGAAGUGAUCUCACUGGCCCUAUGAUUUGUGUCAUCAAAAAGUCACUCAGAUUUUGGUCAUGUCAUUGUGCCAUUUUUGCCUUUAGAUGGUAUGCACUUGAUCCUAACAUACAUAACUCUAUUUUUUAGGAUAAAAGACAUGUUUACAUUCAGUAACCACGGGAUUGCUGCUUAAAAGUUUGUUUUGAAAACGUUGGAAAACGCAUGAAAAAAACCCCUUAGAUACUGCUGACCAGCCCCUCAUCAUAGUGAUUGUUUUUCUAACCUCUUGACAGCUUACAGCUUUCGUUGCUUAAUGGUGUGUUUUUUGUAAAAUGUUUUGGGAUCACCAUCAGCCAUUUUCUUCACUUCUGAGGUGAGAAAAUAGCUUAAAGUGAACUUCCUAACCGUAUCUCACUCUAACUUAACAUUUGCUUUCUAGUGUGGAACUAUACUGUGGAAGGUCAUGAGGUUGUAUUAUUACAAUAUAUUUUGUGUAAUUUCUGUUAAAAAUAGUACCAUAGUUUGCUAUCUGGUGGUUUGUGAGGCAGAGAUUAAAACAAAUUGAUGGGUCAGGAGGAGGGGCUUAUCUGUGUUAUGUGGCUUGACUAUUGUAAAAUAUUGCAAAAUAUUUGUAGACAGAUCAGACACAUUUAAAUUUAUUUCAGAAGCCUUAGAAUGAUGGUGUGAAUUGUCACCUGUACAUCAAUUACAUAAAUUAAAGGCAUAUUAAUUACAAAUAAA